AUGAUAAAGAGAACAACACGAACUACUGAUGUGCCAAAACUGCGCAGAAAUUUAAAAGGACGCGGUCGUAUUGCAGAAACAGUGUGCUGUGGACAUUUUGGUGGAUUCGCGUACGUGAAAUUUGUAUUGUUGUGGCUCAGUUGUAUUGCGCUUGAUUUAUUGAUCGGGUUCCGUUUUGAGUUAUUAUAUCCGGUUUGGUUACUUAUGCGCAAUUGCUACGAUUCAUUUCGAUUCCAGGGUCUCGUUAGCUCAUUGCAAUAUUCUGCUUUUUCUGCAUUUUUUGUAUGUGCGACAGUAACAACGGAUCUUAUAUGUUUUAUAUUUCUUCCUGUUCAGCUGUUAUUCUUCCUUGCAAGUACAUAUGUGUGGUUUCUUCUGAUUUGGCAGACAGCAGAACGAGGCAUCGGUUCAACUCAUUUGCUGUUGUGGAUCGCUGCAAUAUCUUUCGAAUAUAAUUGGCGUUAUCGAGGAGAUUCGCCGCUUCAGUUAUUAAAAGGUUCGACGCUUGGGUCAGCACUCAAUUUUCUUACUGGUGGUUUGUUGACAAACUGGCUGGAAUUUCAUGAUUUAUCAACCAACGGUGAAAUGGUUGCAAGUGAUUCUUCCAAAGAAUGCUAUCCGCCAGCACGAUUUGUUAAUCCUAUUGAUAGUUUUUUGGGUGGUUUUGGUGUCGCGUUAAUGGCAGCUUUUGCACACAGUUCUUCAUUUACUUCCGAUAUCUGCCGUCCCUUUGCUGCACAUUGCAUUGGCUACCCAGUCGUCAUGCUUGGAUUUGGUCUCAAAACUUAUUUCAAACUUUGGAGAGUUAAAAGACGCCAGCGCGAAGUAUCACUUGCCAACGAAGUAUAUUGUAAGCUUUUAAUAGAGGCAUUACCUUCAUUAUAUGAAGGCCCGAAAAUAUAUUCGCAGUGUAGUGGCACAGUAUUACAGGAUCAGGAACAGAUAGAGUAUGAAUCCGAACUUUGUCCUGGCUCGUUACAAAAUUUAGCUAUUUGCGCAUCAUCUUCAUCAACCACCAUAACACAGCGGAAGAACUCACGUGUUGGAGCUGGUUGGAAGCAAAAUAGUUGGAAGCAUACAGGCAUUAAUCCGAAAAAAGUUCCUGUUCCUUCAAAUGGGUCUUUAUCAACGCGGAAGGAAAGAGUGGUAAGAGAAAAUAACGAUGAUGAUGAUACAGCUAGUUCUGUGUCGUUAUCGGUAGCACCGAAAAUGUAUUUGUGGCGCGUGAUAUGGGAUUUACUUUGGAGUAUAAUGUUGUACAUAUUGGGUGGUGUUGUUGAGUCGCCAUCAUCAUCCUUAGAUGAUCAUAUAUCAUUGUCCUCGAAUGAAAUGGAAAGCGAGGAUGAAAUGAUGGAGCAGGAAGAAACUUCAUCUCAACCGGAUGAUGCUUCACCAAGUUCUAAUCGUUUAGGAUCUAUUCAUCGACAUGCAAAUAGUUCCAAAAAAAACAAAGUGUUAAUUUCGAGUUCGGGAAACUAUUCUCGAGCAAAAGGCAGACGUUCACGGGGGCGUCAUUUACAAAACCAUACUGGCUAUAUCUUGUCGCCAUUGGCACCUGGAGCUGCGUUGUCAUCAUCUACACUGGGUGCUAAUUGUGCAUUAAAUAAUAAUUUAUUGAAUCUGGCAGCUGGUAGUAUACAGCAAGAUAGACAGAUGUACAAUUCUGCUAGCAAUACGGGUUAUCAGAACAUGUCGAUUACCAGUGUUAAUGUUGUUGAGAGUGGUGGUUCGUCUACAGGCAAUGCUGCUACGUUCAGUGGGAAGGCCAGUGAAUAUGAUACUGAAGAACUGCUGGAAACAUUGCGUAAUGAUCUGCGAGUGGCACGAUCACAAGAAACGGAAUUACGGUACAUGCUGCAACAGUAUAUCAAUGGAGAAAAGCAGUUGAAGGGAGAAUUACAACAGUUAAAAUUGAAGCAUGAGCAAAGUGAAAACAGGCUUACAAAUAUAAUGAAAGCACGCGAGCAGGACAAAUCAUCGAUGCAAUUGCUAGAAAAGAAAUUAAUUGAUAUGCAAACGAAAAAGAGUGAAUUAGAAAAAGAAUUAAAUGCAGAGAAACGUAGCAAAAUUAAAGAAGAGCAUGCUGCUGCACGUGCAUUAGCUGCAGCGCAAUCAAAUAAAACUGUUGAAUGUAGUGAAGCAUGCAAAACAAAGAAGGCUGAUUUGGAGAAAGAAUUGCGAACCCUUCGACGUGAAUUGAAGGCUAAGGAGGAACUUGCAAAUGAGCGUGAAGAGGAGCUGCGACAGUUACGUCAGUAUAAAGAAAGCAAUGAUUUGCAGGAGCUGCAUGCUACACUUACAGUUAUUCGUGACAAGAACAUCCAUUUAGAAAAGUCACUGUCAGCAGAGAAUCGACUAAAGCAGAAAUUAUUUUAUGCUUUAAAUGAGGCACGAGGACAGAUGGCUGAUUAUCAGCAACAGCUACUUGCAAAGGAAACAGAGUUGCAUCUAAAAGAUGUUGAAUUAAUUAAUCUGCGAGGACGGUUUGGAAAUAGUACAGACGAUCCGUCAAAGUUGCCACCUACUGGAGAUAACCGAGGAUCGCUCUCAGUAAAAACGACACGCUGUGGUCCUACAAGUAGUGCUGUUUUGUCACCCGUUGUUAGUGAUAUUAGCGGCAUUCUGAAAACGCAUGUAACAACAGAACAGGACAUUUUCAUCAGUGCAAGCAGUGCUUACAUGCCAUAUACAUUUACUGCACAUUCUCAGGAUGAGCAUUCUUUAUUUGAUAGUGCAGUCACGCGUUCUGCCUCUACAGUACCACCAAAUUCAGUGAGCCCACCACCGCCAUUGCGCCUAUCCAAUGUUAGUUCAGAUCCUUUCCGUCUCACAAACAGCAAAUUCAGUCCAACGUCGACUCACAGCACUUCUCCAAGAAAUUCCUGA